AUGUCUACUCCAGUCAAAGGCAAGCCCGAGGGACCCCUGGGCCUCUCUGCAAGUGAAGCCAAGGUCCUCCUCCUGGGUAUCCUGUGCAUCGGCGAAGGAUUCAAGGUCGAUUUCGACAAGCUAGCCUCCAGAGGCGGAUGGACCGCCGGUUCUGCAGCUACGAUGUUCGGCAACGCAAAACGGAAGCUCUUCAAGCUCAACCCCGACGACGGUGCUGAGAACGGCAAUGGCUCCUUUGCGGCUGAUGGCGAAGCCUCGUCCUCCAAGGCCGCGACUGCCACGCCCAGGAAAACACCAAUAAAGCGUAAGAAGGCCACUGUGGCUGCAGAGGAUGACACUGCCCCGGGUGAGGAGGCCGCGACUCCUACCAAGCCCAAGCGGCAGAGGAAGACACCCGUGAAGAAGAACGCGGCUAUCAAAGCUGAGGCUGCCUCUGUUGGUAACGGCAACGGAACGCCUUCCAAGAUCAAGCCUGAGGCGAUUGACGCUGGGGGCAUUAUCAAGGGCGAGAACAGAGAAAAUCAUGACCCGGAAUACCAGACCAAGCCCGAGCAUGACGAUGUCAUGGAUGAUAUGGAACUUGACGCACAGCUGGAGGCUAUGGAUCAUCCCCAGCAGUCCAUCAAGGCGGAAGAUUUCGCUGCUUAG